AGCCCUUUCACCAGGGACCUGACCUCAGGGACGGAAGCUAUUUGUUGCUUGGCAACAGCAACUGCCGUUGGGUUGCAGAAGCUGGCGGCAAAGCUACUCCAGUGAGACCCUUCCGGUGUUGCGGGAGAAGUGUGUGAACCGGCUGAGAAUUGGGUUAGGAUCCAGGGCAGCGACGUAGACAUGUGCGAGGGUCCGUCCCGCAUCUCAGGGCCCAUCCCUCCAGAUCCCACGCUAUGCCCUGAGUACUACCGGCGGCCGGCCUCUGCCCAAGGGCGCCUUGAGGGAAAUGCGCUGAAGCUGGACCUGCUAACCUCGGUCAGAGACCUGGACGCCACACCUCCCCGUGGCCCACGUAUCAGGCCUGGAGCCCGAGAGAUCCUGGAGCGUGGCCAGCGCGGCAUGGGAGACUUGCUGCUGCAACUAGAGGGCAUCUCCCUUGGUCCAGAAGCCUCUCCCAAGAGGAAGGACCCUAAAGACCAUGAAAAGGAAAACCUGAGGCGGAUCAGGGAGAUCCAGAGGCGCUUCAGAGAGCAGGAGCACAGCCGGGAGCAGGGCCAACCCAGGCCCCUGAAGGCACUGUGGCGCUCGCCCAAGUAUGAUAAAGUGGAGUCCCGAGUCAAGGCCCAGCUGCAGGAGCCUGGCCCUGCCUCUGCGACAGAGCCUGCCCACUUCCUGCGGGCACACUCCCGCUGUGGCCCUGGGCUCCCACCACCCCGUGUCCCCAGUCCCCAGCUUACUUCAUCAAGUCCUAAAGCUAAGGGUCCAGUCCUAGAUGUGGACUUCAUUAGCCACAAUGCCCGAGCUGCCAAGAGGGCCCCCCGGCGCCAUUCACGCUCACUACAGAUCCUGGCCCAGGUGCUAGAGAGACAGCAGCAAGCCCAGGAGCACUACAACACCACACAGAAGGGCCAUGUUCCCCAUUAUCUAUUGGAGCGCAAAGAUCUAUGGCGGCGGGAGGCUGAGGCCCAGCAGCAUAGCCAGCCAGAUCCCACCAUGCCCCCCGGCCACACUUGCAUGCCUGAGAACCAGCGGCUGGAGACACUGAACAAUCUGCUGCAGAGCCAGAGCCAGCUGCUCCGUGAGCUGGUACUGCUGCCUGCUGGAGCAGACUCUCUGAGAGCCCAGGGCUACCGUGCUGAGCUAGACCAGAAGCUGGUGCAGGUGGAAGAAGCCAUCAAGAUCUUUUCUCGGCCCAAAGUAUUUGUGAAGUUGGAUGCCUGAGCCCCUUUGUAGGGACAGGGACAGGGAAUUCCACGCUGAAGAUUGCCACAUGGUUACAAAGGGCAGGGUCAGGCCCCACCACAGAGCAGAGGUCUGAAGACAGCAGCAGUGGGGUACACCAUAUACCCAGGGGACUCCUCCCAGUCACCAGUGCCUACAGAAGAACGAUCCCAACCUUUUAACCCCUUUGCCAAAAUUAAAC